GUCGGUGCGAAAGGAUCGCAUCAGUUAGUGGUACCGAAUACGGUAUUUGGGCAAGCGCUAGCACUCAGCAGCGCGUUCAAAGGCAAGGAACUAGAUGGAAUUUUUGGCCUCACGUUCAUGUCGACCGGCGUUGGCAACGUUGUGCCACCGUUGCAUAACGCCUGGAAUCAAGGUCUGCUCGAUCAACCGGUUUUUACCGUAUGGCUUGAUCGCACGGUUAGGGCGACUUACUUAGUCAUCAAUUCUGUAAACGCUUCGAUGCAUAGAUGA